GCUGGUUUUGCUUCCCCACCCAUCUGACAAGACGAGUUCCGGGUUCUUUCGCUGCUCGCUACCGCCGCGUCGCUUCAUCACAACGCGCGCACCAUAAUGGCUCUUUUACUGGAUAACCAAUUCAAAGAGCUGCCUCCAGACAAGGCGAUAGACACAAAGUUAUUCCUGGAGACUGUCGCUCACAUUCCUUCAUUUUUCGACUGCUUGGGAUCAAAUGUAUUUGCAAUCAUCAAAUCAGACAUUAAUGGCAAUAUAAUGAAAAUUAAAGGGGUGUAUGUGAAGGAUCCUGCCAAGUACGUCACCCUGCAGGACAUUGUGGAGGCGGAGCGAGAAGCCCAUCCAAAAGAAUGGCCAAAAGUUGGAGCAACAUUAGCUCUGAUGUGGCUGAAAAGGGGUCUCCGUUUCAUACAAAUCCUGCUGCAGAGUUUGGCAGAUGGAGAAAAAGAUGAGAACAACCCAAACCUGAUUCGGAUCAAUGUCACCAAAGCCUACGAACAAGCGCUGAAGAGAUACCACGGCUGGGUUGUUCAAAAGAUUUUCCACGUAGCGUUAAUUGCAGCUCCCUACAAAUCAAACUUCCUCAAGGCUCUGUCAAAAGGAGAAGAAGUGGAAGAGGAAGACUGUCUGGCAAAUGUGCGUCAGUUCCUGGUGAAUUACACCACCACUGUAGAUGCCAUCUACGACAUGUACACAACUCUGAACGCGGAGCUGGACUACACUGUUUGAUGAUGUCCCAGGACAUCCGUCAAACCUCUCAGGUGUCAGAUGAGUCCUGUUUUCAAAGAUGUUUUUAAUAGGAUUGUUUUAUUUUUUCCUUCCAGUGUGGUAUUUAUGACUUUGAUGAUGCCUUUCUAAAUAUUACUACUAUAUUUUUGGUCUUAAAUUAUAAAAAAUGCCUUAAUUUUAAACAAAACAUUAUGCAGAAGGUUAUGUUUUUGUCCUUAUAUAUCAUUUCAAGUAAUUGAAGGAUUGUUCCAGCAACAGUGUAGCUCUCACUCUUAUGCAGAAUGAAGGUAUUGUGUGGGCUUUAUAUAUGACAUUAACAGUUAGUAACUUCUCAAGAGAAGAAUACACGACUGUAAACACUGUUAUUAUCACAUUAUCACAGUCAGAUGUUCUCUGUCUCCUGAGCCUUGGAGUUUCCUCCACUGUUAACCUGGGAGCCUCAGUAGUCAUUGAAAAUGUUAACAGCCCAUUUCAGGUGAGCAUUAAUCCACUUGUGCCUUGGUGUUUUUGUAAAAAUACACAAUGUUUUCAAAUAAGCUCAGAAUCAAUAUAUUUGUAAUUCCAUUUUUACCUCCAAAACAAAAGGGCUAAACCUGUGUGUUGUGUCUGUGUUGAGUCAGAAGGUGUGGUCGACUUGUGUUUGCUUUGUAAGUAUUGUUCUGUGGCGUGCUUUGUUCCUAUUAACAACUUAAUAACUUAUUGAUUAGAUCCACAUUUUCUGUAUGAAUACCAUUACAUAUUCUGUUUGUGUCUGGAUUACAAACUAUGAUCAAAUUUGUUCUUAUCACAAGAUCUUAAUGUUUGAUUAAAAAUAAAAAAAAAGUGUUA